GAGAAGGCUAAGAACAUCGGGCGGACGCACGCAAACAGAGGAAACCAGACGAGACGUUGGUUCGAGCGACGAUGCUUGCACCGGGCAUGUUCGUUGACGAUGGUUUGCUGGUCGUUUCGAAAAUACACGCGGAAUGAUUCACCUCUCACGCAUGUCUGUCGUCUAUCGGUGUGUCUAGCGCAUUAUAAUGCGGGCUGAACGAGCGGAUAGUGCGCGCGUUGGAACAAUGGCCACUUAAGCUAACUGGCUGAUUAAAUGCUCACCUCAGUCACCGCGGAUGCACGAUUAAAUAUGGUGCGCACCAUGGACGCCGUGCUCGUUUUGCUCGAUCAGCCACGACAGGGAAACGUUUCUCGUCCACUCUGCAGUGUCUCCGUCGAAAUAUCGAUGGAUGGUCACUUAAUUAAAAAGCGUAACUGAGUUUGUAGAAGCAAUCGUUGUUUUGUGAUUCGACGUGUUUCCUGAUGAUUAUGAGUUACAGAGUGUGACACGUUUCGAUGUAUGUGAUGUUGUAUCUCCGAAUGGACGAGUUAACGUUCGAGAGUGGGCGAAAGGAGACUGUAACGUAGAGUUGGUUUAUUCUUAAAAAUGGUUCGCAUAGGCCACUGCGGGAGUUGCGAUGCCAACGUAUCACAAUGCGGGUGGCGGAUACCCGAAUGUGUCAGCGCCAGCGCGGCAAGCGAAGCUCGAUGGCAAUCAAAAUCACCAUACGAUCCCCUCAAACGUAACAUCCCAUCCCCUUAUACAAAAUAGCACGCAACACAACGUUCCUUCCAACUUGUCUACAAGUAACAUUCCGUCCCAUCCAGUAUCACCGACGAUGACUACGCAUUCGAACGUCACCUCUGCUAAUAUAACCAGUCACAUGAACACCGGCUCACCACCGGUAAUCCUCACCUCGAACGUCACCAAUCCUAGCAAUCCUGCUGCGUUAUCGGCGAAUCCGAGGCACGAGGUCAAACUCAACGCUAUGCCAUGGUUCCACGGGAAGAUAUCGAGGGAAACUGCCGAACGAUUGUUGCGGCCGCGCGAGGACGGCCUGUUCCUAGUCCGGGAGUCGACGAAUUUCCCCGGCGACUAUACGCUGUGCGUGUGCUACGAGGGCCGUGUCCAACAUUACAGAGUGCAAUACACGAACAAACAAUUAACUAUCGACGAGGAAGAAUUUUUUGAAAAUCUGGCCUUGCUGGUCGAGCAUUACGAGCAGGAUGCCGAUGGAUUGUGCACGCAGCUCACCAAAUCUCUGCCUAAACAGGGCAAACAGGACUUCUGCGUGGAUCUAAAGGCGUUCAUCGAUGCUGGUUGGGUUAUACAGACCCACGAACUUGAAUUGAGGGAGUGUAUCGGCAAAGGAGAGUUCGGUGACGUGUUGCUGGGCGUUUAUCGGGGCGAAAGGGUCGCCGUGAAAAUGCUGAAAGACAACAGCGAGGCGGCGCAGAGGUUUCUGGCCGAGGCGAGUCUCAUGACUUCGCUGAUCCAUGACAAUCUGGUCAAACUGCUCGGCCUUGUUUUCAAUAAUCAACACAUGUACCUGGUUACGGAAUAUAUGAGUAAAGGAUCCCUGGUGGAUUACCUGAGAUCAAGAGGGAGACUGCACGUUUCCAAGAAGGACCAGAUCAACUUCGCGUACGACACGUGCGCAGGCAUGGCGUAUUUAGAAUCCAGACACGUAGUGCACAGAGAUCUGGCCGCGAGAAACGUUCUUGUCGCGGAGGAUAACUCUGCGAAAGUGUCGGAUUUCGGUUUGGCACGGGACGAAAAUUUUUCUCUCGAAGGAGGGAAGCUGCCCAUCAAAUGGACUGCACCAGAGGCUUUAAAGCAAAAUAAGUUUUCAAAUAAGUCUGAUAUGUGGAGUUUUGGAAUACUCUUGUGGGAGAUCUAUUCCUUUGGACGUGUACCAUAUCCACGAAUUCCACUAGCUGACGUUGUGAAGUGUGUGGAAAAGGGAUAUAAAAUGGAGCCACCUGAUGGUUGUCCUCACGAAGUUUACGAUAUCAUGAGACAAGCAUGGGACUUACAACCUGAAAACCGACCUACUUUUUACGAUAUAAAAUUAGUGCUGGGUCAACUGAAAGCUGAGUACACCAAAGGUGUGAAUUAAAGAAAAGAAAAAAGAAAAAGAAGAAAUGCUACUUAUUAUUCAUAGAUUAAAGUAGAAAAGACAUAAAAGAAGGAAUUAGAAUUUUCGAGAUUUUUUUUUAAGUCAGGGUCAAAGGUAGUGGCUCUAAAUACUUUUGCUACAAAAAGCAAUUUUCUAUUGUACAUUUUUUAUUGUACAAAAGUAGAAUCUGCGUUGCUUGUAUUUAUUGUUACGUUAUUAUUAUCGCUAUUAUUAUUAUUUUUAUUUUUAAAGAUUUUUUUUGAUUUUCAUAUUCUUUUACAAAAAUACUUUCCAUAUAAAUUAAUAUAUAUCAAUCGUGCCUUUGGCCAAGUUGUAAUUCUUGAACGAAAGAAGUUCAACUUGUACAUCCGAAAUUCAGGUAACACUUGAAAGGAUAUUUACAAUACAAUUCUUUUCCUUUUUUAA